AUGGCAUUGCUCUCUCUCAACCAUGAUGUUCUGUGCGAGAUCUUGGACCAAACUGACCCUCAGUCGGCGCUGAGGCUCUCGAUGGUGUCUCGCAAGGCCCACCACCUCGGCGUUCCUCAAGCCCUCUCUAGAGUCACCCUCAGUCGCUCCCAGCAGCAAGUGAGCGCCUUCUGCCAUUUCGUUCUCUCCGACCCACAGCGCCGCCUUCCAUACCUCCGCGAGUUGGUCAUCGAGUCUGGCGCUUUCGGCGUCACCCACCGCAUAGAAUUCCAGCGAGCCGCCGACUUUUCCGCUACCGAAGAGCUCGCCACAUUGCUCGAACAGGCGCAUCGUCUGCGGCACCUGUCAAUAGCGUGCUUCGAGGACCUUAUUGUGAAAGAACCGCGCAUUGCCGCUGCCGUAUGUGCACUUCCAGGCCUUGUGGACGUAGGCCUGCACAACUGCGGGCAUCUCUCGACGGCUCUUCUGCCCCGGCUACGAAGCCGCCCCCGAAAACUUGCGUUCACGGCGCUAUUCAACCGAAAACUACCCUCGUUUUUCCACCGCCUCAUUGCCUUGGAUCGGCUGGAAAGCUUGGAAAUAUCGUACCUGGAUCUGUCAGAUGGCAGCCAGCCACACGCGGAGAUCCACGAGAUCCCGCACAUGCCAUCAUUGCGGUCCCUUGCGGUGCGUGGCAGCACCGCGCGUAUGUCGCUCUUUGUGCGGUCGAUGCCCAACCUGCAGACGCUCCGUAUCGCCGACGUCUGCUCAUCGGUCGACGAGUCCUCGGACCACUACAAGGGCGGGAGCUGGCCGAGCCUGGCUCAUCUCCAAGGAAACGUGCCCGAUUUCCGGCAUUGGAAAGUCGCUUGUCCGGUGCGAUGGUUGCAGCUCGACCUGACGGCUUAUCAUUACGACGACGCACUCGACAUUAUCCGCCGCAACUCGCCUUUAGUCUUGUCCCUUCCUGUGGAAACCAAAGUCGGUGCGACGUUUUGGGGGUCCUUCAUAAGCGCAGCACCUAGGCUGCGUCACCUCGAGGUGUGUCUAGACGAGGGGAAGUCGAAACAGCUUGAGACCUGGAUGAACGUUGUCCCCCGAAUCAUUGGAUCAUUACGGAUCAGCUCAGUUUUUCUUUGUGUCCGAUACACACACUGGAUCGGGUCGCGGAUGGAUCAAGGUAUCGCCGCUGCCGAGAACGAGUCGACCCUGCGGACGCUGCGGGAACGGACGAUGGAAGCAAUCCCGACAUUGCGCUAUAUCACGACUGCAGUGGCGUUUAAGGGCGAAAACCCAUUUGAAGGGCAUCAAGCGCUCUCCUGGUGGCAAGUGACGAGUGUUUCUGGGACGCGUAGACUGGAGGUUGUGGGCGCGGAUAGAGGGGAGGGGCUACGAGAUGACUUCCUCCACGCACAUUAUGAUGCACAGGCAUGA